CUUCAUUAUAUUUCCAUCCUUUUUUCCAAGUGGCAAACUAUUCAGUAGGGAAUGUAAGGCCAAUUUUCGUAUAUUUUUUAAUUUGGUAUAGCAAACGCGAAAGCUAUACAAGAAAAUUUAAGUUUUUUUUAACACUUUAAUACACGGCUGAGUUAAUGGAUAGACAAGGUGUUCAUAAUGGCUAUGGGUCAACGGAUGAGCAACGGAUGGUGCUAUCGACGCCACAACAGUGCACCCAGAGGAAAUCCGUUACCAGCAUGAAGUUAUUCACCAUGGUGGUGCUGCACUCGUGGCGCCAACGCCGAAAGGAGGUUCGUGAACUCAAAGAGAUGGUGCAACACCUCCAGGAUAGCUCCAUGAAGACCAAAAACGAGCUGCACGUAUGUGGUACUUUGGUGCGCGUGGAGGAAAAAAGGAACAGGGAACUUCAAAUAAAGCUUAAGCUAUCGACGAUGAGCAUUGACGAAGCAAGAUCCUCCUGCGAAUCGCUCACUAACUCGAUCCGUGACCUCACAACUGAGAAAAAGCGAUUGGAAACCGAUUUGGAACAGCGGUCAAAGGAGUUAAAUGAGCUGGAGGAAGUAUCUGACAAAACCAAACGGCUGCUCUUCGACGCCUACAUGGAUCUAUCAUACCUGCAAAAGCAGCUAGCCGAGGAGCAGCGUACGACGCGGAGACUGCAGGGGGAAAAGAACCAGCUCAUCCAGGAAGUGAUACUGGCGGAGAGCAGAGAUAACAAGUACCGCCAGGUGAGGGAAUGGUACCAGCAUAUGCUGCACGAAAAGGAUCAGUGCAUUUCCAGCCUGGGGAGGAGAUUGGCUAUGGUGGAGGAGGAACUGCUUGGCAAAAAUGGGCAAACUAGAGAAUUGCAACAAUUGCGUGAGAGUGCUCAACAAAUGUCGAACGAAAUCUCGGAGCUGCGCCAGGAGAUCAACCGAAAUCGCAACGGUGUCUUCGGUGAUUCCUGCAGUCGUCUCGGACUCGGACGCCUCCAAGACCAUGUGUUUGCGCCUUUUCAAGGAAACCAUAUCUGGAUGAAACUUCGACGCUAUUCCUUUAACGCGAUAUAUUUGUUUGCUUUGUAUCUGCUGCCUGGAAUGCCUCUCAAAUAUCGUCCAAACUAAACCUAAUUAAAUAAUCUUUCCAUAAAAAUAUUUUCAGUUACCAAAUUAA